AGAAAUAAACUUUAAUUAUUUCAUUAAUUAUAUUUAUCCCAUUUUCAUUGAACACACAACACCUUUUCGUUUCCAGAAUAAUGUGUAGUUGUUUUCUCUCAUUUUCAUCAAUCCCUUCUCUUUUUACCUUUCUCCAAUUGGAUUUUCUAUGUGUGUUUCUCCCAAUGUGGUGAUUUGUGAUGGGGUUUAUUAUCGGUUAGCAAGAACAGAUUUUGAGCCCAAAAUCCAUCCUUUUCUAUCAGCAAUUGCUCGCCAAGGAUAAAUCUCGAGGUGGAUUAGGCGUAUCUGAUUGAGAUUUUGGGCACAGAAAAGCAAGAAUCUGCAGCUGCAUUAAGGCAUUAGGAGCUAAAUCUUGAGGGGUUUUAAGUGUGGUUUUUCCAAAAGAUUUUGGAUUUGGGGGUAAAAAGGAGAACUGCUGACUGGUUGGAGAAAUCCCAGCUGUUUCUCCAACGCAGGGGAUUAAAUUUCUGAAGUGGGAUACAAAAAGUUGGGAUUUUUGGCAGAAUUGUGUUUGUGGGAUUAUGGCGAUGAACACAGGAGGGAGGCUUGUUGCUGGUUCUCACAAUCGAAAUGAGUUUGUGCUGAUUAAUGCUGAUGAAAUUGGGAGAAUUAAGGCAGUUCAUGAACUGAGUGGGCAAACAUGCCAAAUUUGCGGGGAUGAAGUGGAGAUAAUAAAUGAGGAGCCUUUUGUUGCCUGCAAUGAAUGCGGUUUACCCGUUUGUAGAACUUGCUAUGAGUAUGAGAGGAAAGAGGGAAGUCAGGCCUGUCCUCAAUGCAAGACCAGAUACAAGCGCAUUAAAGGGUUUGCUAGGGUUGAGGGUGAUGAAGAUGAAGAUGGUAUUGAUGAUUUGGAAAACGAGUUUGAUUAUGUAAAGAGCGAGCCUUUAGGCUUUACCCAAACCGGUGGUGCAGUAGGAUCGAACUAUGGUGGUUUAGCUGGAUCAGCCACCGCCUCCAAACAUGAUUCAUCUCAGGGUGUAGAUAUCCCUCUUUUGACUUAUGGAGAAGAGGAUGUUGAGAUUGCGCAUAAUCAGAACGCUAUAAUAGUACCCCCAUUUGCCAGUCAUGUGAAUGGAAUUCAUGGGACUCCGCCUGGUACAACAGCAUCUUUACAUCCCCGGCCCAUGGCCCCAGAGAAAGAUCUUGCAGUAUAUGGCUAUGGAAGUGUUGCGUGGAAGGAUCGUAUGGAAGAAUGGAGGAGAAGGCAAAAUGAAAAACUUCAAGUGGUCAAACACCAAGGGGAUGGGAGUGAUUUUGGUGCAGAUUUGCCCAUGAUGGAUGAAGGGAGACAGCCACUUUCGAGGAAACUUCCCAUUUCUUCAAGCAAGAUAAAUCCAUACCGAAUGGUAAUUAUCCUGCGUCUUGUGGUUCUUGGCUUGUUUUUUCACUAUAGGAUUCGCCAUCCCGUUCCUGGUGCAUAUGGCUUGUGGAUGACAUCAGUUAUCUGUGAGAUAUGGUUUGCUGCAUCAUGGAUACUUGAUCAGUUCCCCAAGUGGUGUCCUAUUGAGCGAGAAACUUACCUUGAUCGACUCUCUCUUCGGUAUGAAAAAGAAGGAAAGCCCUCAGAAUUGGCAGACGUUGACGUCUUUGUCAGCACAGUAGAUCCCAUGAAAGAACCUCCUUUAAUUACAGCAAACACAGUUCUGUCCAUCCUUGCUUCGGAUUAUCCAGUUGACAAAGUAUCAUGCUACGUGUCAGACGAUGGUGCAGCCAUGCUUACUUUUGAAGCACUUUCUGAGACAUCUGAGUUCGCUCGGAAAUGGGUUCCCUUCAGCAAGAAAUUCAAUAUCGAACCUCGUGCUCCUGAAUGGUAUUUCUCUCAGAAGAUAGACUAUUUGAAGAAUAAAGUUCAUCCCUCCUUUGUUAGAGAAAGGCGUGCAAUGAAGAGAGAAUAUGAAGAGUUCAAAGUUCGGAUAAAUCGUUUGGUGGCCAUGGCUGAGAAGGUUCCUGAGGAAGGUUGGACUAUGCAGGAUGGAACACCCUGGCCUGGUAACAAUGUUAGGGACCAUCCUGGUAUGAUUCAGGUGUUUCUUGGCCGUGAAGGUGUUCGUGAUAUUGAAGGGAAUGAGCUCCCUAGUCUGGUAUACGUUUCACGUGAAAAGAGACCCGGCUUUGAUCAUCACAAGAAAGCUGGUGCUAUGAAUUCACUGAUACGGGUUUCAGCAGUUCUGUCAAAUGCUCCUUAUCUUCUAAAUGUCGACUGUGAUCACUACAUUAACAAUAGCAAGGCGUUGAGAGAAGCUAUGUGUUUCCUCAUGGAUCCCACCUCAGGAAAGAAAGUAUGCUAUGUGCAGUUUCCCCAAAGAUUUGAUGGGAUUGAUAGGCACGAUAGAUAUUCUAAUCGUAAUGUCGUGUUUUUCGAUAUUAAUAUGAAAGGAUUGGAUGGUCUGCAAGGACCUAUAUAUGUCGGAACUGGGUGUGUCUUCAGAAGGCAAGCACUAUAUGGAUUCGAUGCUCCUGCUAAAAAGAAGGCACCUAGCAAGACGUGUAACUGCUGGCCGAAGUGGUGCUGUUUUUGUUGUGGUUCAAGGAAGAACAAGAAGGGGAAAGGAAAGAAAGAUAAGAAUAAGAAGUCUAAGCACAAAGAGGCAUCGAAGCAAGUACACGCUCUUGAAACCAUAGAAGAAGGAAUUGAAGCAGUAAGCACUGUUGAUCGACCGCCCAUCUCCCAAGAGAAACUUGAGAAGAAGUUUGGUCAGUCACCUGUUUUUGUGGCUUCGACACUUCUAGAAGCUGGCGGGUUGCCAAAUCCUGUUAGUUCUUCCUCUCUAUUGCAGGAAGCCAUCCAUGUCAUUAGCUGUGGGUAUGAAGACAAGACGGAAUGGGGAAAAGAGGUCGGCUGGAUAUACGGCUCAGUCACUGAAGAUAUCUUGACGGGGUUCAAGAUGCAUUGCCAUGGCUGGCGGUCGGUCUACUGCAUGCCCAAAAGGCCCGCAUUCAAGGGAUCCGCUCCGAUUAACCUUUCAGAUCGUCUUCACCAGGUUCUUCGAUGGGCUCUUGGUUCGGUUGAGAUUUUCCUGAGCAAACACUGCCCGAUCUGGUACGGAUAUGGCGGAGGAUUGAAGUGGUUAGAACGAUUUUCCUACAUAAACUCAGUUGUGUAUCCGUGGACUUCUAUUCCGUUGCUUGUGUACUGCACAUUGCCAGCUAUCUGCCUUCUUACCGCGAAAUUCAUUGUCCCUGAGAUUAGUAAUUAUGCCAGCAUCAUAUUCAUUGCCCUUUUCGGCACCAUUGCUGUGACCGGUAUUCUUGAAAUGCAAUGGGGAGGCGUUGGAAUUGACGACUGGUGGAGAAACGAGCAGUUCUGGGUGAUCGGAGGCGUCUCCUCCCACCUCUUCGCCCUUUUCCAAGGGCUCCUCAAGGUCUUGGCCGGUGUGAGCACAAACUUCACCGUCACCUCGAAAGGAGGCGACGAAGACGGAGGAUUCGCCGAGCUCUACCUCUUCAAGUGGACGUCGUUGCUGAUCCCGCCCACGACCCUCCUGAUCAUCAACAUCGUUGCCGUGGUCGUUGGAGUCGCCGAUGCUGUCAACAACGGGUACGACUCGUGGGGCCCGUUGUUUGGCCGACUCUUCUUUGCCAUUUGGGUCAUCAUGCACCUCUACCCGUUCCUCAAGGGUUUGAUGGGGAAGCAACAGGGCGUCCCGACCGUGAUCAUCAUAUGGUCCAUCCUGCUCUCGUCGAUACUAACCCUCGUGUGGGUCCGGGUAAACCCAUUCGUCUCAAGGGACGGCCCGGUCCUCGAGAUCUGCGGUCUCAACUGUGACGACUGAGGACCACGGUGUCCGGCCCUCGGACUCUUAGCAAGACAUAGGGACAGCUCUUCGUUGCUUUGAAUCGAUGUUUACUUAAGCAGCCAGAUGCGUUUGCUGGUACGUUUUUGCCCCGUCCCGACCGGUUUCCGAUGUAGCUGAAGGUAGAAUAAGGAAUGUUGCUCUCUCACUCGGUCAAUUUUAGAUUGUAUAGAUGUGAAGUGGCAAAUGAUUGCUUGGUGUCUGUUUUUUGAGAUAUGGUUUCAUUGAUUCUUUUGUUGGAUAUGUGUUUGUUUUUUGUGGUGUCUUUAGUUAUGGCCCUUAAAAGGUGAUAAAUGUAAGUGAAGAAAAAGGGAUUAUAUACUGUUAAAUAUUAUUCUUUUUUAUCUUCGGAUGGGAA